UUUAACAGCCCCUGAACGCAGCAGCAGCUCCUCCACAGCUAGCGUUAGUUGUUCCUGCAGUGCUAUGAGUUGAGCGAGACUGAAGUGCUGGGAAUGCAGCCACCGCUCCCACCUGAGGCGGUCAGAGAGCUGGUGUGCUCCUGUCUGCACAGAGACCCGGUAGCAGCAGACCUCCGCUGCAGCCUGUUUGUCGCCGCUGUGCAGAACUACAAGAGAGACUCUUUGCUCAGACCUUUCCCUCCGCGAUACAUAAGCGGUGACAAUAAGGACUUUGAGGAGCUGUUGGCAGACGUGAAGUCUUUGCCUGGUGUGAGAGAGUUGGUAAGACUCCGACCCAGAGAGGGAGAUCAUCAUCUGGCUCUCACACACUGGAUUCUCUCUUCAAAGAGUUUUGCUGUGAAGACACUACAGAAAGAUGAGUACGCCAAGCUCUGUAACCUGACAGAAAACGAAGGGAUCUCUGCGCCUGUGCCAGACUUCCUGUUUGAGCUCGAGUACUGUGAUCAGAUGAACGCCAGGUUCGAGAAGACGAGGGCAGGCAGAGACGUCUUCUACGCAUUCCACGGGAGCCGCCUGGAAAACUUUCACUCUAUUAUUCACAAUGGACUACACUGUCACCUCAACAAGAACUCAGUGUUUGGAGAGGGGACCUACCUCACCAGUGACCUCAGCAUGGCUGUCCUCUACAGCCCCCACAGCAGCGGCUGGCGAGAAAGUCUACUGGGUCCACUGCUCAGCUGUGUUGCCUUGUGUGAAGUCAUUGAUCACCCAGAUGUUAAGUGCCAGGUGAAGAAAAAAGAUUCUGAAAUCAUUGACCGUCAGCGCUCAAGAGCAAAGAACAGCGAGGGAGGGGAAGUACCGCAGAAGUACUUUAUAGUCACCAACAAUCAGCUUUUGCGUGUCAAGUACCUGCUUGUUUACUCUCAGAGGAGGCACCUGUCCAGACAUUCCCGCAGCACCUCCUGGCUGCUCAGACACCAUUUUGCCAUCAUGAUGAGUCUCUACCUUCUGCUGCUCAUAUUCAUCGGUGCCUUUAACUCCACCACCUUCGUCUCCUUCUGGAACAGACUGUUCAGGUGACAAGAUAACAGGACAGACGGCCUGGAUGUUCAUUAUCCACUGAUCAGAGACUGACUGGAGGCCAGAGCAAAGAUAAAGUUUUAUGCACCUUUAUACUGUUUUCUCUCUGCAAUCAUUCUUUUCUUUACUGGAGCUACAAUCACUGUUAUUCCGAGAUAGCAUAUAUUUUCAAAUAGCAGAUGUUGGGAUACUUUUGUGUGUUCAUUUUGUUGAAAUGGGUACGAAGACCAUUAUGCAUUUUAAAAAUGUUAUGCAAUGUUUCAUCUGUAAUUUAUAUGGUUUAGUAAACAUCCUGUUGUGUAGAUCAACAUUGAGAUGUCCUUUUUUUGGUUUGUUAGGUCUUACAGGGAUAGUUUGGAUAUAAUGAGGUUGUAUGAGGUAUUUAUUCACAAUCAGUGUGUUACCUACAGUAGACGGCAGUCAGUGCAACCCCAGUUUGUACAGGCAGACAGGGAUCCCAGCACAGAAGCAGAGAAAAAACAUUACAAACAUUAUCUGUUUAAAGGUCUACUGUGUCAGAUUUAGUGAGCUAAAAUAACUGUUUUCAUGAACCUGAACAUGAGAAUCAUUAUGUUCUUGUACCAUAGAAUAAGACGUUUAUAUGUACAGUAUGCAGAUUGUUCAUGCAUGCUGUGUUUUGCUGGCUCUAACUCCGAUCUAAGCAGCUGAUCUGUAGCGUAAUGCAGUGUGUGCUGCAGUCGUGUGUAGGAAUACUGAACUUCUACGAUUAGUGUCAAAGAAAAAAGCUGUAAGAUAAAGUGAAAAUAUUCAUAACAAAACGUACACACAGCAGUGCAUAGCUCUACUUCUGUGCCCUGUCUGUUUCUCUAAGCUGGAAGUGCACUGACCACUGUCCUACUAACCUCAGACAACUCCACUUCUACACACCUGAACUAUCCCUUUAGGUACUUAAGAUUUCUGGCACAUAAACUCAUCGUAUAGACGGACACUCAUAUUUCAAUAUAAAUGCUUUUAAAUAAUGUGACAUUGUAUCAUUUAGUUUUUCAGAAAUAAACGAGAAGAGACCUUUUAUAUUAUUAGAACUCAUGAUUUAAGUGUAACUUUAAUAUAAUAAUUAGGUUUAAUGAAGGAAGAAUAUGAGACGGACAUAUCUGUUGUGCUGACAUAUUGUAUUUAAUUAAUAGUGGAUCACUAAUAUGCGUUUAUAUCCUUUUAAAGGUUCAUAAGAUUUGUUACAUUUUUGACAUGAAUAAAACUGAACUUUUGAUUUAAAGUUGAUUUAAACCCUUUUAAGAUUUGAACAUCUUGGAAGUGUUGAGGUAGACUUUAAAUGAUUGUCAUGCUUCUUCAAAAGGUCUGUAACAUCACACGUUAUUCAGACGCACAGGGAAUAAUCAUGUAGGAAUCUCUGCAGCUGCUUCCCACACUGCAAAAUCUACUCGAAGGUCACUCCUUCAUAGUAAUCUUUUGUACUUUUCUAUUGUUCCCGGGUUUUGUCUUGUAUUCAGACUUUAACAUGGGUUUCUCCUGACAGGUGAACAUUUAUUACAGCUGGCACGCCGACAGUCCUUUGUUAUCUGUUGUUUUUAUCAGUAGAAAAAAAAAGAGACGGCUAUAUGGGAUUGAUAACAGAGGCGGCCUGCUUUGGUGACAGAUCCUGUCGUUCUAAUAGAUAGACAAGAAAUGUAGAAAAGGAAGAAAAUUUGGCUAUUUUGUGAUUUGGAAUAUAACCAGUUAACUGGAAUUAUGAAAUACUUGAUUUAGAAAUGUUUACAAAGUGUUAGCAUUAAAUAUUAUGUAUAUUAUAUGGAAGGUCUAUUAAACUUACAACACAG